GUCCCUGAAGAGUGAGUGAACGAAUUUAAAUUUUAAAUUUUAAUCUCUGCUUAACGGAUAUGUCAGCGACUGCUCUCUCAAGAUUGAACCCUGUUGUUUCUCAAUUUGGGUUUCAAGUAGCUGCAAAAAGUAACAAGACCUUCUUCUCCUUUUCCACUGCUCAAAGGAGAGCACGAGCCAUGGCUACUUCUGGUUCUCUGCCUGUGUUUGGAGACGCUUGCUUGGAUGAUUUGUUCACAGCUUGUGCUAAUGGUUUAGACUUGGCUAAGAAGCCUUCAAGUCCUGCUGGUGGUAGUGUUGCCUUCUUGGGUUCUGUAGCUAGCAUGAGACUUGGGAGGAAGAGAGAGCUGAUGAUGAAGAACAGAUUGGUCUGUCACUAUUCUAGCAUUUAUCCGCUGGACAAGAAGACUAGUUCACUCUUUGGGGCUUUCUCCAAGAGUAUUCAUACAUCCUCUACUGUCUGUUUCUCAGCUCAUGAGCUGUCUACUUCCCAAGACUCUGAGAUUUCACCAACUACUACAUCUCUUAAGUCUCUGAAGCUAGUGUCUGGUUCCUUUUAUCUCCCACAUCCUGAGAAAGAAGCUACAGGUGGAGAAGACGCUCACUUUAUCUGCGAUGAGGAACAAGUUAUUGGUGUUGCUGAUGGAGUUGGCGGUUGGGCUGAAGUCGGUGUCAAUGCUGGCUUGUACUCUCGUGAACUAAUGUCUUACUCUGUAUCAGCUAUUCGAGAACAGGCUAAGGGCUCUUCUGUUGACCCUUUUAUGGUGUUAGAGAAAGCACAUUCUCAAACCAAUGCCCAAGGCUCCUCCACUGCUUGUAUCAUCGCUUUGACUGACAAGGGACUACACGCUAUUAAUCUUGGCGACAGUGGAUUCACGGUGGUUAGAGACGGGACCACAGUGUUUCAGUCACCGGUUCAGCAGCACGGUUUCAACUUUACUUAUCAAUUAGGUAGUGGAAACUCUGGUGGCGAUUUGCCUCAAUCCGGUCAGGUUUUCAUGAUUGAUGUGGAAGCUGGAGAUGUGAUUGUGGCGGGAACCGAUGGUGUGUAUGAUAAUCUAUACAACGAAGACAUCACAGGAGUGGUGGUUAGCUCGGUUAGAGCUGGACUGGACCCGAAAGCCACGGCUCAGAAGAUUGCGGAUUUGGCACGUGCCAGAGCAUUGGACAAGAAACGGCAGAGUCCUUUCGCAACCGCUGCGCAGGAGGCUGGAUACAGGUAUUACGGAGGAAAGCUUGAUGACAUCACUGCCGUAGUCUCCUUCGUAACACCAGCUUAAGACCAAUCCCUCCAAGAUUCUGUCCUUUUGGUUUUUAAAUUUUGUAACGGUAAUAACUGAGCUCACACAGAAGAUCAUGAAUUAUUGUGUACUAGUUUCAAAGAGUCCUUUAUCAAUCGCAUAAUCAGUUUGAUCACACGUGAAUAUACGACUUGGUAUACUUUGUGUUGUAUAUUUAUGUGAAAAAUGUCUGCAAAUUGGUACUAUAAUACUCUUCUAAUUUUUCGACAAACUAAUUUUUGUGCAUAUAUAUGAAGAGGAACACUUUCUUCUACUUGGGAAUACAAUCUGUGAAGAUCUUGAGGAACGGAGCCAUCAUAUUCAUCACUUUAUUUUUCUUCUUCUUCUUCUUCUU